CCUCACCGAUUUUGCCCGUUCAUGUCAAGGGCCAAAGACCGGUGCCCCACGCUUCAAGUUAAUAUAACUCACUCAUUGGACGGCAGUUGCACAGUAGGGAAGCGACUCCUUGGAAAUUACAUUUGACACACCUGGCGUCAAUUGCUUACACCUGAGCCGGAGUAGUAACACAAGACCGAGUAGGAUACUUCUCUCACAAUAUUGGAGGACAGCUAAAGGAGCUCCGGGAGACAUGGAGUUCAGGGAUCUAACGACCAGGGUCGGACUCUGGUAUGGGAACUUCAUGAAUAAUGCAGGCUACACGUUUCAGGCAAAUGGGUCUCCUGGGUGCCGCUGCGGUCCAAGGCACAGCAUCUCCGUGCAAGAGGUGUCACUACAGUCCCUGGUUGGAAUCCAGGCUGUAUCACAUCCGGCCAUGAUUGGGAGUCCCAUAGGGCGGCGCACAAUUGGCCCAGCGUCGUCCGGGUUUGGCCGGGACCCCAGGACAGAAGACUGGUUUCUCAUGUCAUCGCCGCUCCCCCAGACUGUAGUAAUCGUGGCGUACAUCUACUUUGUGACGCGGCUGGGGCCCAGGCUCAUGGAGAAACGCAAGGCCUUCCACCUCAAAGAAGUUCUCAUCAUCUACAACUUCAGCGUUGUUGCCUUGUCCCUCUACAUGUGCUAUGAGUAUGUGAUGUCGGGCUGGGGAACGGGCUACACGUUCCACUGUGACCUAGUGGACUACUCAGACUCACCGCAGGCAGUGAGGAUGGCAGGGACGUGUUGGCUCUACUACUUCUCAAAGUUCAUAGAGAUGUUGGAUACGAUCUUUUUUGUUCUGAGGAAAAAGAACAGCCAGAUUACGUUCCUCCAUGUCUACCAUCACUCCAUAAUGCCCUUUACCUGGUGGUUUGGUGUCCGCUUCGCUGCAGGUGGCCAGGGGACGUUCCAUGCCCUGUUGAACUGUGUGGUCCAUGUCAUCAUGUACGCUUACUAUGGCCUGUCUGCCCUGGGCCCCGCCUACCAGAAGUACCUCUGGUGGAAGAAGUAUCUCACCACCAUUCAGCUGAUCCAGUUUGUGAUCGUGACCACCCACAUCUGGCAGUAUUUCUUCAUGAAGGACUGCCCCUACCAGUUCCCCAUCUUCAUCUACAUAAUAGGCCUCUACGGCCUGGUCUUUCUCCUCCUCUUCCUCAACUUCUGGUACCACGCCUACACCAAGGGCAAGAGGCUGCCCAAGGUCCUUCAAGCCAAAACUUGGGCCCACCCCUACAAUAAAACUAAUGGCCAAUACAAUAGUGAAAUAACCAACGGGAAUGGAUUCCAUCACAAGAAUGAGUGACAGGGUGUCGAGCAAAUCAGGCUAAGGAUUGGGGGUUGAAUGCAUUUGAAUAUCAGCCUAUUCAGCAACUGAAAUUAGACAUGGAUUUCCAAUAUAAAAGUCAGCGCACCUUUGAAUUCAAAGAGAAUUGACACCAACCCUCUGGACCUUCUGAUCUCUUCUGUUCUCUCUGCUAAGGCAAUCUCUUCUGUUCUCUCUGCUAAGGCAAUCUCUUCUGUUCUCCCUCAAAUCUUUGCCCCAAAGCUGUACUGUACUUUUGUAUGACAUAUUUUCCAUUUUUAUACCUGUGCUUUCCUUUCCUGUUCAGGGUGAGUCUGUGUUUUUAAUAAACAGAUUUUGAAUGUUAGAUAAGUGUUAGGUUAGCCAAUGGUGAGACCGUUCAGUAGCUUUGUCUAGUUCUGUCAAACCAGCCUGAAUAACCCACACUUCCUAUGACCUGUUCUCCUCUGCUGUUUAGAAUUGGUGCUGAAGCUCUCUAGUUUUGGCUGCAGGAUUCAGCUUUGUGACCUUGCUUUCAGCUGUUUUUUUAUUUUUCAAUACCUGUAGUUUUUAUAUUUGUUUGUACAUUUAAUUAUAAACAUUUAUGUAUUAUGUUAUUGGAGUCUAGCCUUGAGGAAGAUUUUGUCUAUCGGCCAUCUCCCAGUAAUGGCCUGAAUUAUUUCCUGGGCCUGUUCUCAUGGCUGGGAAAAACUCUGGGCCCUACCCAUAGUACACCUGUAAUGGCGGAGGGGUAUAGGAAAACCAUUGUGCCAGUAAGAACUGAUGUUUACAUGUAUACUGAGUGGAGCAUAUUCGUGGUGACCCCCUCUUUUGUAAAUUCCUCACCCACUUCUCUGGUUUGAGCCACAGCCUCUACUGGUGCUGAGAAAUGUUCAACGCCAACCUGCUCCUGAUGACAGUUGUUGGCCUACUUUAAAAACUGUAUUUAUGUCCAACAGAAAUGACGGUGUGAAUUUGAAGCCAGAUAGGAAGGAGGUGGUGUAGUACUGUUCUUGCAGGAUCCGGAGCAGAGCACAAGUUUAGCUUUUGCUGUCACAAGCAUGGCACAAUAUUUGAAAAACAGUAGCCGUUGUUUACCACUACAUGCAUAUUCGUUAAAUCUUCUGUUCCAAAUUGAGUUCAGUUCUGUUAUGACUUGCUAUGCCAUGCUUAUGACAGUUUAAAGUGGACUUUCUCAUUGAGUGUUCAUAUUUGGUGCUCUCCUGGUGAUUUGAGGACACAGCAUUAGCUGAGUGUAGGAUGGGCCUCCACAGGUGUAGUAAAACCCCCGUGCCUUGGGUGCAGGCUGAGUCCAAUAAGCAACAGCGAUCUAGCUGAUCUGCAAAUUAUUUGCUGACGUUACCCAUGUGGGUUACGUACCGUUCAGUGCCUUUGUCAGAGCCCCUCCAGCUCCUUGAUGUAGCUAUGAGUGUCCUCCAGACAUGAUGCCACAAUAAUUAUGUAUAAAAAAUAAUUUGUAAAUGUAAUAUUUGUAUUUAUGAUAAAAAUAAAUGCUCUUUAUACUGUUA